AUGGCUGAAUGUGAAGCAAUGCGAAGCAUUCGGCAUCGAAAUCUCGUGAAGAUGUUAACUUCAUGUUCUAGUAUUGAUUUUAAAGGAAAUGAAUUCAAAGCUCUGGUUUCUGAAUACAUGCCAAAUGGAAGUCUUGAGAGUUGGUUGCACCCGUUAGAUAAUGGCGAACACCUUCAAAGGUCAGCCAGGAGAUCAUUGAGCUUUUUAGAGAGGCUAAACGUAGCCACUGAUGUUGCUUCUGCAUUAGAUUAUCUUCAUCAUCAUUGUCAGACACAAAUAGUUCAUUGUGAUCUAAAGCCGAGCAAUGUUUUACUUGAUGAUGACGUGAACGGUCAUGUUGGCGAUUUCGGAUUGGCAAAGUUUCAUGGUGGACUCAUCAUCAAUGUUGAAACGGAACACCAUACUAGCAGUACGUCAGUCGGAAUUAGGGGAUCGGUUGGUUAUGCUGCUCCAGAGUAUGGAAUGGGUAGCGAUGUCUCAACUGGUGGAGACAUAUACAGUUACGGGAUCAUUAUACUAGAGAUGAUUACCGGAAGGAGGCCUACAAACAUCAUGUUCACAGAUGGUUUAAACCUGCAUACUUUUGCUAAGACAGCUCUUCUUUCAGACCGAGUUAUGGAAAUUAUCGAUCCUGCACUGCUUGUUAAUCUCCGUCUUGAAGAUGGUGAUGGAAACAUCAACGACAUUCAAUUAAUACUAAUAAUAAGGCCAAGUUACAUGACGCUUUGUCAGGGAUCAUCAACCUUGGCAUUAUGUGCUCAAUUGAAACUCUCAAAGAACGGAUGGAUAUGGCACAUGUCUUCAAAGAGUUGCAAUCAAUUAUGAAUAUACA